CUCACGACACUCACCCUCCUCACCUCACCCAGUAUGUCCCGCGCGAUCUCCUGCCUCCGCCCAGCGCUCCUGGCGCGGACCCGGCCCCUCUCCCUCUCCAUCGCCCGCCCGCACCCCCAUCCCGGCACGGGUGCACGAACCCCCCUCGUGGCGCCCGCGCGUACAUUUCUCUUCGGCCGCUCGCCACUCAACACGGGAGACAAGGACCUUCUGGACAACCCGGACAGGCGGCCGUCCAAACUGACCCCGCGCCCGGAGGACUCGUACUGGUCCUGGCUCGGCCGUGCGACCAUUGUUGGUGUAGGCUCGAUCGUCACCCUCGCCCUAUUUGUAUAUCUGCUUUGGGUGACGGAUUCGUUUUGGGGAAUCGCGAAAGGUCGUUACUUGGGUCGCAGUCGGUUUGUCGCCAAUGAUCAGAACAAGUGGGCGGAGGACGAGCGGACAGGGGACGAGUAGGAGAGGCGCUUCAUGUAUCUCACGACCAAGCAAGGCGUGUGACAAAUACUCGGCGGGUGUGUCAGAUUGUUGAAGAUGAUCAAUGUCGGGCGAACGCC